CUGUGAUGUGAACAGUCAAAUCGUAAUGGCGACUGCUGGGACAGCAGACUCGGGAUCAACAGCCCCGACAGGGACCAGCGGCAUCAUAAAAGUGGCCCCUCCAGAGAUGCCUGGCUCUUCAGGCACAACUCAGAGCAUGAAGAAGACUAUUGGACACCGGGGUGUUGAGACCACCACGGGAGAGACCACCUAUAAAAAGACUACAUCAUCUGCCCUAAAAGGUGCCAUCCAACUGGGCAUCACUCACACAGUUGGCAGCUUGAGCCAAAAAGCAGAACGAGAUGUUCUCAUGCAGGACUUUGUGGUGGUUGAAAGCAUCUUCUUCCCCAGUGAAGGCAGUAACUUGACUCCUGCUCAUCACUACAGUGACUUUCGUUUUAAGACCUACGCUCCCAUUGCCUUCCGUUACUUCAGAGAACUGUUUGGUAUUCGGCCAGAUGACUACCUGUAUUCUCUGUGUAACGAGCCACUGAUCGAGCUGUCCAACCCUGGUGCCAGCGGAUCCCUCUUCUACGUCUCUAGUGAUGAUGAGUUCAUCAUCAAGACUGUUCAACACAAAGAGGCAGAGUUUCUCCAGAAACUCCUUCCUGGAUACUUCAUGAAUAUAAACCAAAACAAGCGCACUCUGUUACCCAAGUUCUACGGACUCUACUGUGUUCAGGCAGGAGGCAAGAAUAUCCGUAUUGUAGUGAUGAACAAUCUUUUGCCUCGGAUCAUCCCCAUGCACCUCAAAUAUGACCUGAAGGGCUCCACCUAUAAGAGACGAGCAUCACCUAAAGAAAGAGAAAAGGCUGUUCCCACAUACAAAGACCUAGACUUUAUCCAGGACUUGCCUGACGGCCUGCUGCUGGAAGCGGACAACUACAAUGCCCUGUGCAAGACUAUACAGAGGGACUGCUUGCUCUUACAGAGUUUCAAGAUCAUGGAUUACAGUCUGUUGAUGGGCAUCCACAACAUGGAGCAGGCCUGUCGAGAGCGGGACCGUGCUGGGGGCAAUUCAGGGGACAGUGGGGGAUCGGAGGGAGCAGUGACCCCAGAUCAGCGCCGGCCGCAAGCCCAGAAAAGUCUGUACUGUACAGCCAUGGAGUCCAUCCAGGGGGAAGCUCGUGGAAAGGGAGCUUUGGAUUCAGAAGAUCACAUGGGGGGUAUCCCAGCUCGUAAUAAUAGAGGAGACAGGUUACUGAUCUACAUCGGCAUCAUUGACAUUCUGCAGUCCUACAGAUUUAUUAAGAAGUUGGAGCACUCCUGGAAGGCCUUGGUCCAUGACGGGGACACAGUCUCAGUUCACAGGCCUGGUUUCUAUGCAGAUCGUUUCCAGCAAUUCAUGUGCAACACAGUGUUCAGGAAAAUUCCACUAAAACCAUCACCAUCUAAGAAGAGCCGUGGUGGAGGUCAGGGGGGGCUCAGGAGGGCCCCCACCCUGGGAGGUCCGACCCCACUCUCCCAACUAACAGGACAGUCAUCUGUUGACUCCAGACUAGUCUACCACAGCCACUAUAAAAGCACAGACUCAGAGGCUGACAGCGGCGUGCAGUUGGGCAGACCAGAUCUUGUUCCGAGGACCCCUCCGCUGGUAGAAAACUCUGCUGACUGUGAGGCCAACCUGUCCACCUCAUCACUAGGAAGCACAGGAGUUCCCUCCACCUCUCCCCCUCUACGGUCUGUAGGGGUGGAAGUGCACAAAGCGGCUAACACAGAUCACGACCAGGGUGCUUCCCACAGUUUGGGGGCAGAAGAGACUGUAGAUAAUUCAGGCAACCUGUCCGGAAACGAAGAUGUAGUUUCACUAUCUGACAUCAUCCCCGAGACCAACAUCUGUUUUUAAAAACGGACACAGUGCCAUCUAAAGAUGAGAAGUUUCUGGAAGAGGUGAGGUGGGCGGAAGUAAGGAUAAAGAGAGUGAAAGUCACCCGCAUCCACUGUGGACCCUCCGUUGCACCUCUGUUGUUUUCUCAGCCCUACAAGUAUAUACAGAGGAUGCUGGAUGAAGCAGCCAGGUGGAGUGGAGGUUGUGACGAAGCAGAAAGCAAUGGUGGGAUCGGUGGCAGUGGUGCGUGCACACAUUUGUCCACCCAAAGCUCUGUUGUCUUUUUCUUUAAACACCUGGAAAAAAAAGGCUCAUGACCCUGAAUUGGCAGCUCUUUAGUAGCUCCGGCAGCAUUACAUUAAUUAAACAAAGCUUUUUUUUUCCCCCCAUAUUCACAACAUGUAUGUCUGCUGCCAUGACAUAAUCCCAACUAAAUGAUUAGUCAUAUGUUGUAAAAAGCUCAUGCCCCAGUCACCAGCGGAUGACGAAGAGUCAGUCAUCCCACCCACUUUUUCACAGCAUGAAGGGCAUGCGAGUGGGCACAGACAGCAGUUCAGCAGAAACACACACAACACUUAAAAGCACAUGAAGGGCAUAGCCUGCAUUUGUCGAGUGACUUUUUUUUUUUUUUUGGCGCUGUGUCUAAGUGGGUUCACAUUUCCAUGACUCACACUCUAAUGUUCCUGUUACCACACAUCCAUUUCCCCUCAGCACUCCUCAUGAGCAGGCGCACUCUGAGCUAACAGUGGUUCUCUCGUUCGUCAUCGAUAGAAAUCAUUCAAAUCAACACUUGCUGCUGUCCACUCUACAAUCAUGUAUGCAUUUCAUUUCACUGAUUGUGGAUGUGCAGUAUUUGUUUGAAAGCAGAUUUUGAAUCAGACCUAUUAUGAUCAUUUAGUCUUUAUAAAUUAUUCUGCUGGAAGCCAUGGUGGUGCUGCAAAGGUCCGGCUAGAUCUUACCACUGCUGAAUGUACAUUACUAUGUUUUUUCUUAUAGAAUGUGUCUUAUUAACAUGGCAGACCACAUUGUGCAGCCCUGAAAAUCUCCCCCUCUGAUGUGACCAUAUGUGCUAAAAUAUAAAUUCAUACAGAGAGAAGAGCUGUUGACAGCAUUGCUGGCCAGUAGAUGCUGUUAAGUUAAGUCACGCUAUUAAGUUAAUAGAAGAAUAAUAAUUUCCAGCUACUGUCACAUGUCUGUCAUGUCUGUGCCUUUACAUGUUUUGUCCCUCCACUAACACGGGAUGUAUAGCUGACUUUUUUUUUUUUUACAGGUUAGUGCUCUAGUAGCAGAUACAAACCUGCCUUAUCACUAUAGCUGAAGUCAUCAAACUGCCAUUUGUAUGUCUGGAUCAACCAAACAAUUGUCAGGGUUUAAAAGAAUUUCAGAGAUUUUAACGCAAACACUAUUACAAUCCCUUUUGGUUAUCUUCUCCCGACAUCAGACAGUUAGGAUGUCUGUCUCUUUAUUGAUCAUUUCUGCUGGUUACAGAAAUGACCACUGCCCACAUCCACUCUUGGACCAACAUUAUUAACCAUGUGUAUAACCAAUUUUUGUAUUUUUUUUGUAUGUAGUAGUACUCAGCUUUUACUUGGCUAUUCAUAAAAAACUGCUUUUGUGUUUUCAUGAAAUGUUUUAUGUUUAUCUUAUUGUUUAGAGCACUAAACAAGCUAUUGAGGUGGCUGGCAGAAAGCUGUUUACCCCAGUGAUUUCCGUUACAGACAUUUUUUUAAUCACUACCGAGUGACUGUAGCAAACCUGAAGAUCUUAGACGUCAUCUCAUCGAAUGAACUGCUGUUCGUGUUUGUUAGGCACAUGUGGUCUAUGCAGCAGAGAGGGAGAAAGGGGGGUGGGUGGGUGGGGGGUCGUGAGUUGUGGAUACAGAAAGAAGGAAAACUCAUUGUUCAUCAAUGCACAUUUGAGGAUUUAGGACUGAGCCUUUUGUAUUAUGAGCCAGUCGUGGCACCAAAGAGAAAAGCAGAGGAGACGGGUGAGACGUUCAGGAUCCAGUACAGUCAUGAAAAUGAAAUUAGACACUCCUGGACACCUGCAUGGACUGAUAUGUUGUAUAUGGUAAUAACACUGGGUUGACCUGUGUUUUUAAAGGAUCUAUUAUUAAACUGGAUGUUUUUUUUUUUUGGUUUUCUUUGCUAAAUAGUUUCAUGUCUGAUAAGCUGUAUCUGACACAAACCCCAGUCCCUGUAAAGAAUUUUUUUUGUUUGUUUUUUUUUUUUUUUCUGAAGAAUUGGUUUACCACGUGGCCGGAGACAUUUCAAGAUUCACCACCACAUUCCUGUGAAAUUCAUGUUUAAUUUACUACAUGUGUUGUAGCUAGUAGAACCCCUCUUUUACAAUCUGUUGUCUAGUUGAGAUGAUGUAUUUGAAAAUACUUAUUUCUGGUAUUAUGCGAAAACUUAAAAUAUCGAUUUCAAGCAGAUCAGUUUAAAGUCAUUUUCUGUUGGUUUAGGGAGAAAAAGCCACCAAAGAAAAACACUCCAAUGCUCCAAUACUUUAAGAUUAGACAAAUCCAGAUACUAUUUGUGACAGCUGUAUUAUGUUACAACUCUUGCAGACCUUUUUUUUUUUGUUUUGUUUUUGUUUUUUGGGUCGGUGGUACUGUGUAAUUGCUGGAUACAGAGGAGUUUCUGUUACAGUUGUUAUGUACUACACCAUGGCACAAGAAAAACGUAAUCCUUCGGUGCUUAAAUGUCGGUGCACUAAGUGUAGACACUACAAUAUAUUUGAAGUAAUGCAAUAUAAACCACAAUAUGCCACCUUUCAGUUCAAAGAAGUAUAUUUAUUAAUAUGAUUGAUUGCUGUUGGCUGAAAUGAUAAAGUUGUAUUAUGUAUCUUAGAUGAUUGUACGUAUACUGUAUACUGACAGAAGGAUGUCUGAAACUUUAUAGCGUGUGUUGCCUAUGAAGGGGGACUAUUUGACAAUUUCACUUUUUAUAUUUCAUGUUUAGAUUGUGAUAUGAUAGAUAUAUUCUCUCCAUAAUGAUUCUGGGUUGUUAAUCUCCCAUGCUUUUCUACAUGAAUGUUUCACACGGCCCACGAGCCAAUGUUGCUGGUUGUCCUAUAUGCUUCAAUUACUAUAUUUUUACUGUGUAUAAAAUGUGUAUAUGUACAUAGGAGUCACUGAAAUGCCUUCUCAUGCAAUAUGUGCUGCCUGUCCCUCCUGCCAUGUUUCAGUUAUGUGGUGGUGAUGUUUUCAUGUCUGAUUUUAAAGGAUUAAACAUAUUUUCUAAAUCUUG